CCCGAGGUGCCGCAUGCUCAUGGCCUCAAGCACCCCUGUCCAGAUGAGAACCGGAGUGGGAGCCGGGGUUCGAAUCAGAGCCGGGAUUGCGUUGGGUAACUCAUUGCCCGGGGCCCGGAUUCAGAAGACCGGACCCGGCUCGGAAUCCCGAGCCCUUUCGUGGUGUAUCUCUUCUGACACCAGGGCGACAGUGGGCAGGGUGAACAUGGCCAGAGGGUGGAGUGGCGAAAAUGGAAGCAACAGAAAAAAGAGGAGAAAAAGAAGUGGAAGGAUCUCAAGAUGAUGAAAAAACUGGAGCGGCAGCGAGUGCAGGAGGAACAGGCAAAGCGACAGCAGGAGGAGGAGGCAGCUGCCCAGAGGGAGGACCGGGGGCGGCACUACACCCUGAGCGUGGCCCUUCCGGGCUCCAUCCUGGACAACGCCCAGUCGCCCGAGCUUCGCACCUACCUGGCCGGCCAGAUCGCUAGAGCCUGCACCAUCUUCUGUGUGGAUGAGAUUGUGGUGUUCGAUGAAGAGGGCCAAGAUGCCAAGACUGUGGAGGGGGAAUUCAGGGGAGUCGGCAAGAAGGGGCAGGCAUGCGUGCAGCUGGCCCGGAUCCUGCAGUACCUGGAGUGUCCACAGUACCUAAGAAAAGCAUUCUUCCCCAAGCAUCAGGAUCUACAGUUUGCAGGGCUCCUGAACCCUUUGGACAGCCCUCACCACAUGCGUCAGGAUGAGGAAUCCGAAUUCCGAGAGGGCAUCGUGGUGGACCGGCCCACCCGGCCGGGCCAGGGCUCCUUUGUCAACUGUGGCAUGAAGAAGGAGGUGAAGAUCGACAAGCACUUGGACCCUGGACUCCGGGUGACAGUGAGGCUGAACCAGCAGCAGCUCCGAGAAAGCAAGACCUACCGUGGAAAAGUCGUGUCAUCACAGGACCCUCGCACCAAAGCUGGUCUCUACUGGGGCUACACAGUCCGCCUGGCCUCCUGCCUCAGUGCUGUGUUUGCUGAGGCCCCCUUCCAGGACGGCUACGACCUGACCAUUGGGACAUCAGAGCGAGGCUCAGACGUGGCCUCCGCCCAGCUUCCCAACUUCAGGCACGCUCUCGUGGUGUUUGGGGGCCUCCAAGGGCUGGAAGCUGGAGUGGAUGCUGACCCCAACCUGGAGGUGCCUGAGCCCAGUGUCCUCUUCGAUCGGUACGUCAACACCUGCCCCAACCAGGGCAGCCGCACCAUCCGCACCGAGGAAGCCAUCCUCAUCUCCCUGGCUGCCCUGCAGCCUGGCCUCACCCACGCGGGUGCCCGGCCCAGCUGAAGGUUCUGUCGGGCCCAAGAUGGCACAGAAGCAGUGGUGAAGCCAGAGGUUCCCACGGGUCACCUGGG